AUGAUUCCAAGGAGUACACAUUCAUGCAUACUGCUGGCAUGGCUGGCAUCUCUUAUCCAUAUUCACGCAUCGGAUCUCAUGGACAUCGCUGAUGGGCUUCCACAAUGCGGUCUGACCUGUCUCCGUCAAGAAGUACCGCAGUCGAUCUGCGGGAACCUUACCAACAGGACAUGCCUGUGCGCUGAUAAAGGCUUUGAUGAUGCUAUGCGAACCUGCCUGGGAUCGGCUUGCGAGUCCUCUCUAGAAGUUAUCGAGGCUGGCCAGAUCGAAGCAAAGUUUUGCGGCCGCCCGUACCGCAAUCGCAAACCGGUUCUACUUGCUCCCCUCGCUCUUGAGAUCCCGGCACUCUUGAGCGUAUGCCUGCGUCUGUAUGUGCGAUGGAUGACACCGCACGAAUUCGAGGCCGAUGACUGGGUGAUGGUCGUGUGUGGUCUCUUUUACAUUGCCGAGGCCCUUUAUCUGGUCUGCCUCGCCUUGACAAAGGUAUCGAUUCUAUUCUUCUACCUGCGCAUCUUCCCAAAUACUCCGUUCCGAAUCGCGACGUUCAUGACCAUGGCUCUCGUCGUGGUUCCUACCACAGUCUUCGUCGUUCUGCAGAUAUUCCAGUGCACGCCCAUCGAGUACAGUUGGCUUAGCUGGAAGAGCCAAUCCGGGUCGUAUCGGUGCCUCAACAUCAAUAUGCUGGUGAACGUGGCGGCUGGCUUCAGCAUCGCCCAAGAUGUCGUCAUCUUGGCGCUGCCGUUACCGCUACUGUACGGACUUAACAUGUCGUGGAAGUCCAAGGCUGGCGUCGUGAUCUUGUUCAGUUUGGGUAUCUUCAUCACUAUCACGUCGUGUGUCCGACUCCAGUACCUGAUUCUGUUUGCGCGGUCGACCAACCCGACGUGGGACUAUGCCGACACGCUCAUCUGGUCUGGGCUCGAGGUUUCCGUGUCAGUGAUCGUUACUUCGCUGCCCACGUUGAGACUUUUCUUCGAGCGAGUCCUCCCGGCCAUGUUCGGUUCCCUCGCAUCACGCCUGACAAGCUAUACGUCUACCAGGGGGGUCUCUUUGAACAACGGGACGAGUGCGUCUGCUAAGGCGGAGGGAGAGAAGUACAAGACCCAACAUAUCAUUGAGCGGGGAGUCGAGUAGAUGACGUAGAGAAGAGCCUCGCAGUCGGGGCGUCUCCUUCAAACUCUCACUUUCCAAGUAGGCCUAUUUCGACAAGCCAAUGCUCUCCUCUGCAGACUUCUCGCCGUCUAGCCUACCAUGACACACAGAUUUGGCUGGCCGAGGGUAUUGGGAAUAGGGCGCGCGUACGGUCUUGUGAAAAUAAGACGUUAUCCUUGAUAGUACCUUCUAGUCGCCCCAGAUAUUUAAGCAGCUGGCCUUGAUGAUUUUGUAGAUU